CAGACCUUGAGGUUAACUGCUUGUCGAAAAGAGUCAAUUUGAAUUUAACUUGUGUGGUUCCAUUUCUGUUGAUAUUUCGUAAUAUCAGUGAAAACAGAUGGGAAAAUAUUUUACUAAAACUAAACGUGGUGGAUUGAUUUCUUAUAAGAAAUCUAAAGCAAAGGAGUUAGUUAAUAACGCCAACAAUAUAUCUUGUUUAAUAAAGGACCUUCAUAUAUCACUAGAAAUUCCUGACUAUGUAAAUGUAAAUGAUGUUAUCACUAUUGAAUGUAUAAAGGCAUCUAAUGCUGAUGUAGCAGUUAUUGAUGAAUUAAUGCAACUACUUCAAGAAAAUAUGCAAAGUUUGUAUAUUUCAUCGUCUUGGGGUUGGAAUGCAGAAGCUAAACGAGCUGAAGCAUUUUCAUCAAAAUCUUGGUUAAUUAUUUGUCGUUGUCAAACUUCUGAAAUUCAGUCCAUAGUUGGAUUUGUUAGUUUUCGGUUUGAAUGUGAAGAAGAACAUCCUGUGUUAUAUUGUUAUGAAAUCCAAUUAUACCCACAGUUUCGUCAUUUACAUGUUGGGACAUUUUUAAUGAAUAUAUUAUUGUCUAUUUCAUUAGCAUUGAAUAUGCAUCGCGUUAUGUUGACAGUGUUCAAGUCGAAUAAAAGUGCCAUUAAUUUUUUUGGGAAACUAGGAUUUGAAACCGACCAAACCGAUCCUUCAAUGUUCAAAGGAAUUGAAACAGUCGACUAUAGGAUUCUGUCCAGAUUAACUGUUAGAAAAAUUUGAAUACUGGAAGUUAAGCUGCUAGUUAUCUACAGAUUUGAACUAUAAAUCUUUAAAAAAUUAUUUCGUAUAUAUUUUUUAUUGCUCAGUUUAAAAUACAAUCAUAAACUUUUGUUA